UCUGUCCUCUCACCCUAACGCUGAAUUAGUUCUCACUCACUGGUCCCUCUUUGCUUCCCGGAUUUAUCUCCAUCUCUGCCUACUCUUUCUCUCUGUUCUCUUCAUCUCUCUCUUCCUGAGACCUGCUGUGGUGCCCUGUAUGUCAGAGUGGAGCCGGCAUGUAACACACUUACUCUGGCUGUAAACAGGGCUGUGGCAGGUGGGAUCGCUGGACCCACUCAGUCUCUCCCCCAUCCCUCUCUCUUUCUUUCUCUCUCACUUGCUCCUCAUCUCCUUGUUCGCUUUUAUUCAUUUCUGUGUAUGGGCAAGGAGGGCUAACAUGGACUAUUUGGGUCUUUUUAUCUUUCUAAUGCUUCUGUGUUUCCAGUGGACAACUGCCCCUGCUGCUGAGGAAAUCACCUGGACCUACACUGGCUUGGUGGGUCAGUCCGAGUGGUCACAGUAUUUCCCCGACUGUGGAGGUACUUCUCAGUCCCCUGUUGAUGUGGUAACCACCCAGACUAAAUAUGACCCUAGUUUGAUCCCUCUGACCCCACUGGGCUACAGCCAGCACGGCAACAAGCCCUUCACUCUGUACAACAACGGACACACAGCGGUCAUUGACCUGCCAGACUGGAUGGGACUGGGGGGGCUGCCCUGGCUCUUUACAGCUGUGCAGAUGCACCUCCACUGGGGCAGCGGCGGCCCGAGUCACGGGGGCAGUGAACACACCAUCAAUGGACUGAGUGCAGAUGCAGAGCUACAUGUGGUGCACUACAACUCUGAGCUCUACUCCAACAUGUCCACAGCAAUGACGCAGAGUGACGGCCUGGCUGUUUUAGGAAUUCUCAUUGUGACAGGUGAGGAGACCAAUCUGGCAUUUAACAACAUCCUCAACUACCUGAGCCGCAUCAGACAUGCUGAUCAGAAGGUGUCCAUCCCAGCCUUUGACAUCCAGUCGCUGCUCCCUAAGGAUCUGGGGCGCUACUAUCGCUACAACGGCUCCCUAACGACGCCGCCCUGCUACCAGAGUGUGAUCUGGACACUGUUCAAUGAGAGGGUCCAAAUCUCAAAGGCACAGCUGCUAAAGAUGGAGACGAUACUUUACACCAGUAAAGUCGAAGAUCCAGACAGAAUGCUGCUGCAGGACAACUACCGCGCGACACAGCCACUCAACCACAGGGUCGUCUUCGCCUCCUUCACUGCAGAAUCAGGAAAGGAGCUCUCUUCUGGUGAAGUCACAGCUAUAGUAAUAGGAGUGAUGUGUGGCUGUGUAGGUCUGGCUGUAAUAAUUCGCUUCAUUGUAAAGACCAUACGAUUUUUUACACUCCUCCACCGUGAAUCAGUCGCGGUAAACAGCUCUACCUCUAGCUGGGACGUCCUACCCAGUAACCGGCCUGCUCCCAUGUCAAGGAUGAAGGGGCCAGAGAAAGCGAAAGAGAAAAAACAAGACAUGGCUCUGAACUCAACCCCUAAAGCAGAAAAGAAAGAAGAACCCUCACCGUCUCCUCAGACUGAGCCCUAGCGGACGGCACUUCAGGGCUUCAGUCCAGACACAUGCAAAACACCCUGUCCUUCCCUCUUGCCAAUAUGUUAUCACUGAUCCAACAUGUUUUUCCUCAUCAGUUACAAAAGGCAACAGGAAAAACAUUUUACAUAGUAAACUGGACACAGAACAAAUCACCUGCUGCCCCGAUCACUUCACUGUUUCCAGUUUUUUUUUUCUCCCACCCAAAUUCAGCGAUGUUGGCAGUCUUGGUAUCAGAUGUGUUUUUUCAGUUUGCAUGUGAAGCACUUGGUGUAAAUACGUCAGUGACUCUGAGUCGUAUGUUUGCUCUUGCAAUGCCGGGGAUGCAUGAUUGGUUUAUGUAAAUACUUUGUAAAAUAUAUUUUGUUUUUUGUUUCACGUUUGACCGUUAUUUCAUCUUCCUGCCUUCCACGCACACUACAUUGUAUGCCAUGUAAUAGACUUAAAUAAAUAUGUACCUGUGUAUUCAUACUCAAUGUAAUAUUUUUUUUUUUUUGCCCCUGAACUUACACAUUGACACACAGAAGGUCCUAGCAAAUGAAAAUCUACGAUGAAGGUUAUAAGGGAUUUACAGUGCUACGUAUAAACUGAUGCUGUCCAAACUCUGCUUAGUAGUCCAAGUCCAAGUCUCUGAAGUCAAUAUAGUGCAUUAUAUUGUAAAUGGAUGAGUUAUAUUUAUGUACAUGUUUUCAUUCUAUUGGAAACACUGUUUUUGGUGCCACAUAUCUUUAUCUGAUUUUUUUUUUUGCUGUAUAUAACUCGUCAACAUGGGCACCUCAUUAAAAUACUUGAAUGGCAACCUCA